AGCAUCCUCCCAACAUCCACGCAGCAGAGGCGAGCCGGAGCGGGACAUUCUCAGGAUAUCAGAGGGAACGGGAAGCGCUUUGAGCCAAAAGGAGAAACUAAACAACCGAACGCGGAUUUUGAGAGGAGAAGAUUUGAGGAGAAAACACGAUCCGGUUGCCGGUGGAGAUAUUUCGUUUGGGACACAGAGAGAAGAGAGACAGCUCGCCCGCCAUGCAGCACUACGGGGUGAAUGGCUACUCUCUCCACGCCAUGAACUCACUGAGCGCCAUGUACAACCUCCACCAGCAGGCGGCGCAACAGGCCCAGCACGCCCCUGACUACAGGCCCUCGGUGCAUGCCCUCACUCUUGCAGAGAGACUUGCUGACAUUAUCCUCGAGGCCCGGUAUGGCUCCCAGCACCGAAAGCAGCGGCGCAGUCGGACGGCCUUCACCGCCCAGCAGCUGGAGGCCCUGGAGAAAACUUUCCAGAAGACUCACUACCCUGACGUGGUCAUGCGAGAGCGUCUGGCCAUGUGCACCAACCUGCCCGAGGCACGCGUUCAGGUCUGGUUCAAGAACCGACGGGCCAAGUUCCGCAAGAAGCAGCGCAGCCUCCAGAAGGAGCAGCUCCAGAAACAGAAGGAGGCGUCCGGAGCAGCGGAGAGCUCCGCAGAAGACUCCAAGACGGACCUCAACGCCGCCACCACUCUGGUUUCCGAGGCCUGCACUCCUCCCCCUCCCUCCUCCACCUCCUCCUCCUCUUCGUCCCGUCAAUCAGAGACAGAGAAGCAGGCGGCCGCGCGGCCCCAGCCCGGAGAGACGAGCGUGGAAGUCAACGUCACCUCCCCCGAGGCGUCGGACAGCGAGUCGGCAGCAGAGGACAACGCCGACAGAGAGGAGGACGAAAUGAGAGGGGCGACCGGGGUGAAGAUGAGGGAGGAGACGCACGGGGAGGGAGGAGCGCGGCCCGGCAGCAGCUCCCCGUCCUACAAACAGCUGAGCCCAACAUCAGACUCCCCGCUGAGCUCCCCCGCCAUGGCGUCCUCCAGCGGCAUGGCCGGCGGUUUGGCGCAGGGCAACUCCUACGCUUCGUCCCCCCUCAGCCUCUUCCGGCUGCAGGAGCAGUUCCGCCAGCACAUGGCUGCCACCAACAACAUGGUGCACUACCCGUCCUUUGAAAUGAGCCCGCCGUCCUCUCUGCCCUACCUGGGCAUGAACGUCAACAUGCCGUCCCCGCUGAGCUCGCUGCCGUGCCAGUCGUACUACCAGAGCCUGUCGCAGGCCCAGCAGGUGUGGAACACGCCGCUGCUGCAGGCGCCACCGGGCAGCCUCUCCGGGAGCCUCAACAGCAAGACCACCAGCAUAGAGAACCUGCGCAUGAGGGCCAAGCAGCACGCAGCCUCGCUGGGGUUGGACACGCUCCCAAACUGAAGAACCGGUCCGAGUCAGGGCCCCCCCCCCCGCCCUGUGAAUUGAGGGCCUUUGUCCAGGAGAGGUGACUCUAGGGGCCCUCUUCACCGUCAUCGUCCAAAAGAUUUAAACGUGAGCUACUGGCGGCUACCCAAUUGGCCAACGUUAACGAUAGUUAUCAAGUUUGUUGUUAUUUUGCUCAACGGCCGCUGGUGUUUUUCUGGCAGCUUUCUAGAUUUCAAAUAAACCAGAACUCCAAAAACAACUGUCGGGUUAAAAGCCGAUGGUGGUUGACGCUGCUCUUACCCCCCCCCCCCCC